AUUUUAUCUGUCGCUGUGAAACUCUGAUCGCUGCAGACUACUUGUCACCUGCAGCCCAUUAUAUUUAUCUUUACGGGGUAAUCCUGGAAAGAAAAUGGACAUGGAGAUGGAUUAGAAGGAGCAGAGAAACCAUUGUUUCCCCAAUCAGUCCUUUUAUCAACAGCUUAAUUUUGGUUCACCAAACAGAUUGUCUUCAAAACUGGCUGAACAAUCAGAGCACAGACAUUAAGUCUUUUUUUCUUUUUUCAUGGAGCAAAACAAACAAACCAAAACAAAUUCUGAAUGGAGGAGCAGCUGACCUCAGAAUUACUGAAUUCAUGAUGAAUCCUCAGUUCUAGUAUUCUGAUGCAUUUUAGGAGUAAGCAAAACUAUCAACAAAAGAAACAAGAACGUUCCUUCUCAAUUGCGGUUUUGUGAAUAAUCAAGAGAAAGAAACUGAUUUUCCUGCCUUCAGAGGCUGGAUCUGGCUUUAAUGUAUAAGAAAUAACACAGAACACUUGAAUAAAGCAUCUCUAACUGAGUACUUUAGAGCUCUGAAUAUAAACCAGUCUUUGGAAUGACCUUUCCAGAGUGAAAUGUUAUUCCUCACAUGCACCUAACAGCGGGAAGCCAAUAUAUACACAGUUCCCCUUCACGUCACUGUAGAGUUAUGAUCUCCAAGAUAAAGGGCAGAUCCUUUUCUCCAAGAGAAAAAUAAUCUGCAGGCUGGAGAUUGGGAUGCAGACAAAAAGCAUGUUUUGGUGACCAAAAUAGCAGAGGAGGAAGAGCAAAGUCUGGGAAAGAAAAAAAAGGAGCAUUAGAGAGAUGCAAAUAGAGAAGACUGAACUGUUUCUCAUCCCUCUUUGCCAGAUUUUUAACAGAGCACAACAAACUUGUGCAAUUUUCGUGGCAGUUGUCCACGGGAACCCGUCCAAGGCACAUUGGAGCUGACCCUCCUGGGAGGUCCUGUUAGAUAGAGAAUAAUACUUCAUGAAGACCAAAGUAAGAGCGCACUUCUUCCGUCAAUUUUCAGCUGACUACAGAGCAACAUUUGGAAGGAUUAUUGCUGAAAGCGGAGCCAUGACCGGAAGCAGCAACCUAGAAAGCUGAACUACUCCCCUCCUUGUCCUUACUUGUGUGUUUUCUUGUAUUUCCAAACGUGUUCACUGCCUGCCAGUGGGGAGUAAAACUUCCACCGUCCAACUGGACCGGCGGUUUCAUCUUAUCAGGGGAGAGGAUUGAGCUGACUGGAACCAAACAGUCACAUUUCCCCCUGCUGAGGGCUUUUGUUUCUGCUGCAGCAGAAGCAUUUAACCGUGGGUGGAAAUGGAGAUGGAGAAAGGACAUACGUCUGUCAGGAGAGGGGUGAGCUGGAGUCCAGGAGGAUUGAGAAAACCUCUCCAGGCAACGCAAGACAUGCACACUCCUGGGACGGAGUGCAAUGCAUCAUGGGUGAAGACAGGAUUCAACAAAGAACAGAUGAGCCGGAAAACAAAUCUGACCCGGAGCGCCAGUUUAUCAGAGAAGGAGCUCAAAGAAGCUCGAGUCAGGAGUCAGAUCAUCGCUGCUCAGCUCACCAUCCCCUCCAGCUCCAGCUCCAGAGGCGUGCAGCUCUUCAACCGCCGCAAGCAGAGAGUCAACGCCUUCACGCUCGAAAGCUGUGGAGAGGGGUCAGAGGAGGACAGAUCGGAGAAUGUGAAAACCGACUCCUCUAACAAACCAACAUGGGCAGAGAGGAGCAGUGAGGAAAAAGAUAGAGAUCGCAACUUAAAGAACAGCUCUACCAAGCCACUCUUCUCACCACCUGUAAGGGUACCUGCUGUGGGUGAUAUCAUGGAGGAACCAAGUAAAGAUUUCAACAAAGAAGAGGACAUGGAGGACAGUGUUAUCCAAGAAAGACACUUCCUCCCUGUCAAGGAAGAGCCGGAGGAAGAGGAAGAGAAAGAGGCAAGAGAUAAAAUCCAUGAGGACAAAGUCAAGGAUGAGAUUCCCCCAGGAAGUAAUGAUACUGAUCCAGUCAUGAUGGAAGAUGUUGAGGGCGAAGCAGGGAUAAAUGGGGGCCACGCAGGGCCAGCCCCCCGUGGACCGCUUAUUAAUGGGUGCCACAGUGCCUCUGGACCUGAGAAGGUGUCUGUGGCCACAUCCAAGCAGACAAGCACCAUCAUCAACCGAACUGCCAGGCCCUUUUUCUCCCCACCAACAGUGCAGUCUCCAGAAGCAACCAGCCCCGUCAUGGACAUCCCCCCUCCUCCUUCUUACACCACUCCUCCUCUCCCUGCUUUCACUGCUCCUCAACCUGCGGCGUUCUCACCUCCACCUCCGCCUCCAUCGUAUCCCACGCCUCCUUUACCGGGCUUCACAAACCAACCCCCACAGGCCUACUACUCCAGUCCACCUCCGAUGUCUCCUGUGAUGUCACCCUCCUCCCCUCCACCAUCCCAGUUCCCUGUUUCCUCUGUAUCUCACUACCCACCCAUGCCUCAAUAUGGACCUCCUACAGCUCCAAAGCCCUCCAGCUUUGUUACUCAGCCCUCCGGAGAAAGGAAGCCAAUAACACCAAUCAAAACAGGAAUACUUGAGGAGGGAGCUGCCAGGAGGGCAAGUAGGAAGUCAAUGUUCACAUUCAAAGAGAAGCCAGUGGUAUCUCCGAACCCUGAGCUGCUCUCUCUGGUGCAAGGGGCAGAUGAAAGGAAGAAACACGGACAUAGAUCUGUGCCCGAGCCAACAUCUGAGGAAGAGUUACUGGCUCUGGGUGCAGAGGCCUCCAACUUCCUCGCUGAGGAAGAGGACAGAGCACAGGAGGCUAAAGCUCCAGAGUGGGCCUCCUGCCUUAAGAGCUCCAGGACCCGACCGAGGGCAGAGCACAGGCCAGUACAGACCCUUACCAAUGUUUCAGGAAAGGGGGCCGAGCUGUUUGCCAAGCGUCAGUCCAGGAUGGAGAAAUAUGUCACUGAGAAUCAGAAUGCUGGACAAAUGAGGUCUCCUUCUCCCACCAUGUCUCUGCCACCAUCUUGGGUUUACCCAUCCAACAUGCCUGGCAGGGUCAAGGCCAUUGCUAAAAACUCUGACAUGAGCGCUCAGCUUUCACAAAACCUUAAGGCCCAACAAGCAAUAAAGCAAAAACCGAAACAAAAAGCCCCAGCACCACAGCCAGCUCCAGAGCCGCCUCCUUUAGAGAAUGGAUGCUCCAAGAUAGAGAUGGACCUAUCAAGGCAUCGGCCCUACCAGCUUAACUCAUCCCUCUUCACCUUUAACCCAGUCAAGGACCCCCUUAGUACACUACCUAGAGGAGCACCACAGGCCAAGAACCUAAUGCCCACCCAAACUUUCUCCAGACAGGCUUCCUUACCCAACCCACCCUCUCAUUUCAGCACCCAGUGCAUGUCUCCUCUGCUGCCUCUCAGCCCCACAGGAGGCACAGAAUAUCAAUCAAAUCCAGCCUCUGGGCAGCCAAGGAUCAGCUCUCCUAUGUCUGCCUUUUCUCCAGAGCGAGUGUCCUCUCCCCGGUCGGGAAUCCAGGCACCAAGGCCCACAUUUUCUGCCAAGAAGGCAGGGAUUGCACCACAGACAUCAAAGGACUCCACCCCACCUGAAACCUCUAGUGAGAUUCCCACUCCAACCAGGACGCCCAGUCUCACCAGACGUUUCAGCAGCCCAGAGGGCCCCAACACUGGAACUUGGACUCGCAGCCUCCAAACUAAUCGCCCGUUCACCACCACCUCUAGUUCCAUCCGCUCAGUCACUUCCCCUGUCUCUUCUCCCCGGGGUACGAGAUGCCAAUCCCCUAUGACCAGUCAAAAUAUCCAGUUUUCCAAUGUUACCUCCAGUGCAACAUCCAGACCCUCCCGAACACCUACAGUCACAACUCCAGUCUCACCUCCUUGGGGUUCAAGAUGUCAGUCCCCAAUGGUAAGCCAAAAUACUUCCAAUGUCAUCUCCACUUCUACAUCCAGACCCACUCACACACCUACAGCCACAACUCCAGUCUCGUCUCCUUGGGGUUCAAGAUGCCAGUCCCUGCUGAGCCAAAAUGCCCAGUCCUCCACUACUUCCCCUCCUUGGGGAUCAAGAUGUCAGUCCCCAAUAGUAGGCCAGAAUACUUCCUCUGUUGUUUCUAGCUCCACACCCAGACCCUCCCAAACACCUACAGCCACAUCUCCUGUCUCUCCUUGGGGUUCCCGUUCCCAGUCUCCUGCACUCUCUCAGGCCAGUUUAUCAUUCUCCGCCACCAAACCUCUGUAUACAUCCUCUGCCACCUCUCCUAUUCCCCCAACCAAAGACAGUCGUUGCAUGUCCCCAAUUGUUAAUAACUUAGACUCUAAGGCCAACCAUCGCCUCCUGGCCAAGAACAUCAUCAAUGCAGCCAAACGUAAAAACAGCCCCUCCCCUGGUACAGUGAGUGGUCACAGCCUGCCCAUCUCACCUCUGGGAAAUUCCCAUCAUGCCUAUGACUGUCAAAAACCACCCAUCAGCCCCUUCCAGCCGCGGGCAUUGGGGGCCCAGUCCCCUACCUUCGCCAGCCCUCCUCCUACCCCGACACAGAGAAUCUGCUCCCCCGUGAGGCUUUACAACACUCGCUCCCUCACCGACUCUGAUGCCUCUGUUGAGUCUGAAGACUCGGGCCUCAGAUCGCCUGGCCUGCACUCCUACAACACCUGUCCCCGUGGCUGGGGUGGCAGCCUGAGGGUGAAGAGAAGCACCCUCUCCACAGACCUGUGAGGGUGUUACUGGAUGUCAGUUGAAGCAUCAUUUCUGUUUUCAUAGACUUUUGUGCCAUUGGAUCAACCUAUAAAAGAUUUUCUGAUGAAGUUUCAUCAGACUAAUGUUAGACAAGUUACCUUUCUGCAACUCUGAUUUCUGAUCCUAGGCGAUGGUAAAUGUUGUAUCAAAGUAGCAUUAUUGUUUUAUAUGACUUGCAUUCAUAGUACGGACUGACAAGAACAAGCUUUUUACAUAACGCAAAUGCUGUGGCUUGUACGCUUCUUACAUACCAAAAAGUGCAAAGACUCAAAAUAACCAAAGAUAUCUGAAUGUUAUACUUUGUACAUCUUCACAACAAACAUACCUUCACAGUCACUAUUACAGUUAAAUAGUGUUAAUGUAAAGUGGAAUGGGGUUUGAAUGUUAUUGAUGGAUUAUAAUUAUAUUUGCUGGUCUUACACAAGGAAAAGUGGGAAGAGACUUUAGGUUUUAGGGCAUAGAAGGGACACAACAGUGUGAAUACAGUGUAAAUACAGAUCUUCUUGGACUAUACAGUACUUGUUGCGGCAUUCUCCUAUUUCUGUAUUAAUAAAGGAUCAAAUUUAACUAUACAGUGAAUUCAUAAUGAAUAUUGAUUUAGACAAUAAUAGGUCAAAUGAGUUUUCAUUUUUUUUAAUGAUAAAAACACAGUGGUAGCUAGUACACAUGGUAUUCACAUUAUCAUACACAGUCAAAGUAUUCACCACAGUUUAUCAUUUUAAUCAAUGGAAAAUAAAUAACAUGCAUCACUAUCAAGAGUGCAAUAAUCAGUUUAACAUAAUGUAUAUAUGUUGCUUUGUGUACUGCAUUUUCUAAAAUGAAUGUAAGGUUUACAGACAGACUGACAAAGAAUGACAGAAAAAAAGGCAGUGUCGAGUAUGAAGAGUUACGUGAGGGUAAUGUUGGACAUAGACGCACCUGUUCAAUCACUGUUUCCACUGUUUCAGGAAAAAAGAUUUCAAACUUUUUUUUUUUGAUGAUAUUAAACAUUGAUUAUGAACAAUGUAAUUAACAAAUGAGACCUGAAGACCUGUGCAAAAAGAAUGGCAUAUUGAUUGUAAUUAUCAUUAAUAGAGAUUGAUGUAUGUAUGCCUAAUUUUGUAGCUUUUACUGAUCACAAACAGUUGUUGUUUUUCAUUUUGGUAAAGUCUUUCAUGAGGAACAGAUUAACCUAUUUUGUGCCUGUACUUAGUGUGCAAAGUUCCUGUUUCAGUGAGGUUUAGAAGCAAAAUUGUAUGUUACACAACUAGAGAAGGUACAACAAGAUGUUAUUGUUAAACUUUCAUGGGGAAAAAAAGGAUACAGGAAUGUUGAGAGUUGUGAAAUAUUGUGUUUAUGAGAAAAGGAUCAGAGGAAAGAUAUGUAUUUUAAAUACAUAUGAAACUUUAAUGUACAUUAUCUGUAACUUCUGAAGUUUUUUUUUUUUUACUUGAUUUGCACUUCUAUUCAUUCCAUUUCAGCAGCUAAGUUUGCCUUGUUUAAAACUUGAUUUGCUCCAACAGGUGUCAUUCACAAUAAAACCAGCAAAUAAAUAUUCUACUGUAAAUAUCAGCCUGCACAGUGCAACAUGUUGACAUGAGGGUGGCAACUGGCUGUAAGACUGACUGCUGCCUUCAAACCACAGCCAGCUUUCUGUUGCAACUGUGGGAUAACUGAAAGUCAAUUUACACCAUUCCCACCUUGCCCAGUCCUGUACCAGCACACACAACAGAUCAUUCCUUCAUUCCUGACAUGCAGGCCAAAAGCGUCAGCACAUUUCUAAAUAUUUGCUGCAGUGUGUCUUUGGAGUGACAGGGGCACCUGCUACACGGUGACCUGGCUCCUUUAGCAGGAUUAAGCCUAUCACUGUCAUGGAUUGGUUUCAACCUGUUUCACCUCUGCACAGACUGAACACUGACAACAUCCAUACACAGAGAAGAAUCAUUACAUCUUUGAGGCUUGCAAACUGUUUUUUUUUUUCAUUCUAUGAUGACAUUCCUGCAUUUUAUCAUUACAGUUCAAGUUGUAUUUCAUAACUAUAUGAUUUCUGAAACUGAGUGCAAAAUAAAAAGUGAUGACACAGCAAUUUAAA